UGGUUUCACAACUAACUCAUCGAACUUUACAAUUCCCAGUCAACAUGGCAAUCUCCCCCUCAACCAAAGGCCAAAACGGCAUCCUCAAUGGUGUCGCAAAUGGGCAUCACAUAAAUGGUACCAACGGCACGUGUGGAGCUCAUGUGAAGCCCAGAGUCUUCGCCCUGGAUCCCCUUCAUUCUGAAGCCUUGACACUCGCUGAGAAACAUUUUGACCUGGUGCUUCCCGGCCAUGAAGGGGAGAACCAAUGGCAAGAGGAAGCCCAAGGCUUGCUCGUUCGAGGUUCAUACGUUACGGCUGAAGACUUGGAACGAGCCACUUCCAUGAAGGGCGGAAAAUUGAAAUACAUCUCCAAGCAGGGCACCGGAGUGGACAAGAUCGAUAUUGUGAAUGCCAAAAAAUUGGGAAUUCCUGUCAUGAACACCCCCGGAGUGAACGCUCAGGCAGUGGCAGAACUUGCUUUUGGAAUGAUGCUAUCCUUGGCGCGGCAAACCCCCUCGAUUGACCGUAAGAUACGGAAGGGUGCCUCGGUGACGAAGCUAGACGGAUGGAAAGGGCAAAUGCUGUACGGAAAGACGCUGGGCGUUAUCGGUGGUGGUAAUAUCGGCCUGCUCGUUGCGAAAAUGUUUGCUGGCGCAUUCUCAGGUAAGAUCGUACUUUACGAUCCAUACCUCAAAUCCCUAGACACCUGGCACUCGGCCAUACCAAAUGCUUCAAUCCACAAGGUCUCAGAGAUAGAUGAGCUCUUAACAACAAGCGAUAUUGUGACGAUCCACGUGCCGCUAACUCCCUCGACGGAAAAUAUGAUCUCGGCGCCCCAAUUCAAGACCAUGAAGCCCACUGCGAUCCUGAUCAAUACUGCCCGAGGCGGAAUUAUCAAUGAGGAAGAUCUUUCUCAAGCGCUUCUUAACGAAGAAAUCUUUGCGGCGGGUCUCGAUGCUUUUACCGUGGAGCCCCCGAGCUUGGAGAGGUAUCCGGAUUUGUGCGCUAGUGAGCGCGUAUUGAUGUUGCCGCAUAUCGGAGCUGCAUGCGAAUCUGUUCAGCAGGCUACGUGUCUCGCCAUGGUUCAAAAUCUCGUCAAUGCCUUUGAAGGCAAGGUCGAGAAUCGGGUAUAUUAAGAAGUGUUUAGGCUUCCGUUUGUACUAUAGGCUA